AUGAAGUUCUCUAUUGUCCUCGCCACUCUUGCCGCCGUUGCCUCGGCUGCUCCCUCCCGAGAUAUCUCCACUUCGUCCGGCAACAAGGUCCAGAAGCGCGCCGUCUUCACGCCCAAGACCUUUGAUGCGCUCUCCAUCAGCGGCGGCAACGCCGGCACCGCCAAGGAGGACGCCCUCACGAAGCUCAGCGGCCUGCCGGCAGACUUGACUACGGUAGACAAGGCCGAUCUUGCCUUCCUAGACGGUGUCAAUAAGAUUGCCAACCAGGCCGAGCGAGGCGCCUAUAAUGUAAAAAUUGCCGCUACGGCUCCGGGUGAAGAUGCUCUCGCUCUUCAGCGCGCCAAGAUCCAGAACAAGGUCCUCAAGCUCACGGCCACGGUCAUGGGUCUGCAGGCCCAGCAGGCGCAGGGCAAGAACGUGACGGCCAAGCUUGAAGAGGAGACCAAGAAGCUUAACAAGAACAUUGCCGACGACGUCGCCAACGCCGGCAAGCCCGCAACCGCCCUGCAGUUCAACGCCUCCACCGAUAACCCGGCCGCCUCUGAGGUGGCGAAGGACGACGCGCUGGCGACCAAGGCGGGAGAUGUCAUCGACCAGUCUCUCGCCGCCGUCGGCGGAGGACAAGGCGCUGCUGCCAAGGGCAAGAAGAACGGCGGUAACGGUAAGGGCAAGGGUGCUGGCGCGGCAAGCAAGGCAGUCGAGGCUGCUCAGGACGCCGUCGGGGAUGAGGAGUGA